GCAGCGUUCCCCCUCCCUCUCCAAGAUGGCGCCGGCCGGCCGGACACACAGGCGGCUGCGGCGGCGGCGGCGAGGGACGGAGCCGCACCGGGAGCGGGGCCGCAGCGUCCGCCCGGCGCCUCCUUUGUCUGCAGCCCCGGCUAAGGCGAGCGCUUCCCCCUCCCUACCCCCCUGGGCUGCGCCCCGGCGCCCUCGCCUCAGGGCUCGGCUUCCUCCUCCUCCUCCCCGCCGGGAGCGGCGGCGGGAACUCCCUGCAGGGCCGGCCGGGCGCGGGCGGUCCUUUCCCGGCCCCUUCGCCCUGGGCGGCGGCAUGGCCCAUCCUCGGGCUGAGCGGAGCUGGGUGCGGAGCGCCCCGGCCCAUCGCCUCCCCGGGGAGCGGGCGGAGCGGCCUGCCGGGGCCCGCGGACGGCGGGAGGUCAGCUGCGGGCGGGCUGGCGGCUGCUGCAGCCUCGCUACCCCGAGCCCGCGUUCUCCUCCACGGGCUGCACGCCGUCAGCCGGGGCCGGGGCUGGGGCUGGGGCUGGCGGGGCCGCCGUGCUGCAGGGAGGGGCGGCGCGGGCAGGUCCUGUGCUGCUGA